AAAGUCCUUGGGUGUACAUCACUGAUAGCCGAUCAUGUUUUGGUUUUUAUGGUAACAGGAAUUUUGAAAAGAUGGAAAAUUCUAUUAUCUUACAACUUCUACAAUAGUCAAACAAAAUCUGCACAGUUAAUUAGAUGCAUAAAAGAAAUUAUAAAAGAAUUAUCUCAAGCUGGUUUGACAAUAAUUGCAACUGUAUGCGACCAAGGGGGACCAAAUAUGACAUCCAUUAAGAAACUUCUCGAGGAUUCAAGAAGUAAAUGUAUACAAAAAGGUCAAGAAUAUCGAGGUUUUAUUGAACUUUUUGGGCAAAAUAUUGUACCUAUCUAUGAUCCACCGCAUCUUUUAAAAGAAAUUCGUAAUAAUUUAUUAUUUAAAAAUUUGGAAAUUAAUAUCACUAAUUCAGGAAUAAAGGAAUGACAGUUUACAUCAUGGGACAUCAUUGAUCAGGCAUAUAAAAUGGAUAUUUACACAAAUACAUUAAAUUGUCAAUUGCCAACAUUAACCGAUGAACAUGUUAUUAGAUCAAAAAUAAAAAAGAUGAUAGUUAAAUGUGCUGCUCAAAUUUUUAGUGCAAGAUUAAGAUAUAUAUUGAAUACAACAACAAAAUCAAAGGAGGAUUUGUUGACACAGAUUGGUCCACUACAAAUACCAAAGGCAGGAUAUGACACAGCAAUAGUGUUAGAUUUUUUCAACAAAGUUUUUGAUUCCGUGAACGCACAUACUUUGCAUCCAGAGACUUCUUUACGUGUUGCGGUAACAAAAAAUAGCAAACACCAUGAUUUUUGGCCACAUGCUACUAAAUUAUUGUCCGAUAUGGGGUGACACUCUUUUGGACACAGCACGAUUGGACACCAACCAAUCAUCUUGACUUAUCUAACCAAACUAACGGAAAAACUCUAGGCAUCGGCCGCUGUGAGUGGUGGUGUCCAAUCGUGCGGUGUCCAAUCGUGCGCACCCCUCCGAUGUGCGAUAUGUAGAUCCGAAAACUAAGCAACCAGUUAAGUGCAUACCGUCAUUAAAAAAUUGGAGUUUUACUCUACGUGGAUUUCAGAACAUAUGGAAAAUAGUUGAUAACGCAGGUAUAAAAUUUUUAAAGACAAGAAAUAUUAAUCAAGAUCCACUAGAAAAUUUUUUUGGUAUGAUUCGUAGUCACGGACAUAGAAAUAUUAAUCCUUCGUAUAACCAAUUUUGUGGAUCAUAUAAAACAUUAUUAAUUAAUAAUUUAACAGCAAAACAGUCUAUGGACUCUAACUGCGAAGAUAAAAAUGACGGUAAUUUAUUAUUUAAUUUAAAACAAUUUGUGAAAAUUGUUUCUCAUGUAAAUAAUGCAUCAGAACAAAUAGUUGAAGAAGACUCUGUAGCAUUCCAAAAUAACACAAUAAUAUAUAACAUCUCAUCACAUAAAAAUAAUAGUCAAAUGUAUGUUUUUGGUUGGAUUGCAAAAAAGAUUUUAUCUUUGAAACAGUUUAAAAAAUGUUUAGAGUGUAAACAGAGUCUUCUAACAACAGAUAUAACAUCUGAAGAAUAUGUGCAACAACUAGUCGGGGUGCGCACGAUUGGACACCGCACGAUUGGACACCACCACUCACAGCGGCCAUUGCCUAGUUUUUCCAUUGGUUUGGUUAGAUAAGUCAAGAUGAUUGGUUGGUGUCCAAUUGUGCUGUGUCCAAAAAAGUGUCACCCCAACUUGUCCAUAGAGAAUAUGUACGAGAAAAACCUUCUUUAACUUAUCCAUCAAUGACUUUUUUCAAACACGCAUUUAUUAAAGCCGAUUCUAUUUUAAAUAAAAAUAUUUCUUUAUUAUUUCGCAGAAAUGUUUCUACUUUGUUGUAUACACUUUUAAACGAUAAAUUAAGUUUAGAUUUUAUACGUUGUAAUAAACA